GCUUUUCUGCAAAAAAGCUAUAUUUUGGUUUUGCGAUCUAGACUCUAAAUGACUUGUACUCUGGUCUUGCUUAUUUUGGUUUGCCUGUCUAAAUCUAAUUAACUUUUUUUUGGUUUUGCUUGAUUAUUGCUCUGUGUACAAACAUAUUUAUUCAUUUCAGUUCACUUAUUGUGUCAAAUAUUCAUCCUUUCACUUUGUAAAAUUAAAAUGUCAACCACUGAAUUCCUCAAAGGGCUACCUGUUUAUAAUGCAAAUAAUUUCACUCGAUUCCAAGCGGAUUCAUUUAAAUCGUCUUCUAAAAAGCCCUCAGUCUACCUACAGACAAAAGAUUUUCCUCCUGAACAGACCAUUACAACUGAAGGAAGCAACAUUUUUUUACGAUUUUUACACCAACAAUGGGACAAGAGUUCAAGAAAUCUGAAGAAGCGAGAAACAAAUGGCGACGCAGAGAACGGAACUAGAAAAAGGCAGAAAACUGAUAGCCCUGGCAGAACCUGAGCUAAAUGACUACUUUCGCUUGGUAGAUAAAGGUGGUAUCUACAAAAAUAAUAUUGAGGAAAGAAGAUAUAAUUUGUUAAUAAUAUGCUUCAUGUAACCUAUUCAUGAUCAUUUAUUAGCUAAGGUCAAUUGUUACUUAACAAUUUUAUUAUAAAUGAUCAUUAUCAUCUAUCUAAACACUUGUGUCUCUAACAAUAUUCCAAAACCAAUGAUAAGUUAACAUAAGUAAAAACAAAUGCAAAUUCUUGCAAUCAAUCUCUUGUAUUUUGGUAACUAUCAUAUUAAAGUGGCGUUUCCAGCUCUGAGGACAUUAUUGCUUCUUGAUAAUGCUUAGACUUGAAAAGGACUUGUAAAUUGUA